ACCUGGAACUACGCGACAAACAGCACCGAGGAGACGGGGAAGCUUGUACCAUGCAGCCCGGAGAGGAGGCCAGCCUGGGACCGUUGAUUUUUGAGCCCUUUCUACAUUGACGGAGUAUUUCUCCCCUCUUUUCUUGGGGACAUUACUGCGAUCUCAUUGAUCUGACAUACCUUCACUCUCAUCCACGCACCCGCGCGCGCUCUCGCAUCACCGUACGGAUACCCGUUGCCGUUGAACAUUAGUGAGGAGCUAAAACAUUGAGGGAAGCACUUGGAAACAUGGAUUUAUUCUCCAUCCCACCCCGCGUUUGCUGGUGGAGGAUCCUGUUUCUCCUCAGCAUCUUCCAAGAUUAUAUGAGCUCCAUGCUAGACUGCCCACCGACCUGCCGUUGUUCUACCACGAACAUCUUUUGCAAUGAGUCUCACCAAGGGAAUUUCUUCCCCCUCCUGGCACUACAGGACACAGUGAGCGAUGGGAAUACCACUAGCAGCCUCCCAGACCUGUUUGAGAACAUCUCCUCCAUACACAUUGAGAACUGGUCGGGCUUGCAGACGUUGAGGGACGUUGACAUGGAGUUGUACACUGGGCUUCAGAGACUGAACAUUGUGAACUGCAACUUACGUACGAUUCAGUCGCGAGCCUUCGCCAAGAACCCCCACCUGCACUACAUAAACUUGUCCGGGAACCCUCUGACAACUCUCUCAUGGCAACUCUUUCAGAAUCUCCAACUUUUCGAGCUGAAACUGGAAAGAGUGGUGUUUAACUGCAGCUGCAAUAUCCGUUGGAUCCAGCUGUGGCAGCAGCGAGGCGAAGCCGGACUCCAUAACCAGCAGCUGUUCUGCAACAAUGGAGUCUCCAAGAUCCCUCUACAGCUCAUGAACAUCUCACACUGUGAUUUGCCGGAAAUCAGCGUAAGUCACAGUAACCUGACGGUGAUAGAAGGUGACAGGGUCACAAUCACCUGUAAUGGGUCAGGAGUGCCGGUACCGGAAGUGGACUGGACUGUUGGUGGACUGCACUCCAUUAACACACACCAAUCCAAUCAAUAUCCACCGAAUGUCCACUCCAUCAACUUAACUCUGGUCAACAUCAGCAGAGACGAUAACAGCUUCAUGCUGACUUGCAUUGCAGAGAAUAUAGUUGGGAUGACUAAUGCCUCAAUACAGCUUUCAGUACAGUUCCCUCCUGUUAUCAUUAAGUUUGAGGAGCCGCAGAAGUGGCACGACACGUGUAUGAUCUUCACGGUGCGUGCAAACCCCCUGCCCACCCUGCGCUGGUACUAUAAGGGUGAAGAGAUCAAGCCGACUGAAUACAUCCGUCCAGAGAUGGAUGUCUACCAGGACAAUCUAGAGGGAUGCCUCAUGUUCAAAAACCCCACACACCACAACAAUGGCAAUUACACAUUGGAGGCCAGCAACUUCCUGGGCGUGGCCAUCAAAACUGUGUACGCCCACUUCCUACGGCCACCUUUUGAUGACUACCCAGAUUAUGUGAGUCCGACUCCGACAGCUAUUCCAACCAUGACACAUCGGCCUGAAGAGGACACAUUUGGAGUGUCGAUUGCAGUUGGCUUGGCUGGCUUCGCCUGCGUUCUUCUUGUCGUUAUGUUUGUGCUAAUCAACAAAUAUGGCAGACGCUCAAAGUUUGGCAUGAAAGGACCCGUGGCUGUGAUCAGUGGUGAAGAAGACUCCGCCAGCCCCCUCCAUCACGUCAAUCACGGCAUCAUAACCCCGUGUACCCUAGAUGCCGGGCCAGACGCUGUGGUAAUCGGCAUGACUCGUAUCCCAGUGAUCGAAAACCCGCAGUAUUUCCGGCACGGGCACAAUUGCAGCAAGCCCACAACUUAUGUACAGCACAUUAAGCGCAGAGACAUCGUGCUCAAGAGGGAACUGGGCGAAGGGGCUUUUGGGAAGGUGUUCCUGGCAGAGUGCUACAACCUAAGCCCCACUAAGGACAAGAUGCUGGUGGCUGUCAAGACCCUGAAGGAUCCCACCCUUGCAGCGAGGAAAGACUUCCAGCGGGAGGCCGAGCUGCUGACCAACCUUCAGCACGAGCACAUAGUGAAGUUCUACGGCGUCUGUGUAGAUGGAGAUCCGCUUAUCAUGGUCUUUGAGUACAUGAAACACGGAGACCUCAACAAGUUCCUCAGAGCUCAUGGUCCAGAUGCAAUGAUCCUGGUUGACGGACAGCCGCUGCAGACCAGUGGGGAACUGGGUUUGUCUCAGAUGCUGCACAUAGCCAGUCAGAUCGCAUCAGGGAUAGUCUACCUGGCGUCUCAGCACUUUGUGCAUCGUGACCUGGCCACACGCAACUGCCUGGUGGGCAACGGCCUGCUGGUGAAAAUCGGAGACUUUGGAAUGUCAAGAGACAUCUACAGCACUGACUACUACCGGGUGGGAGGACACACAAUGCUGCCCAUUCGCUGGAUGCCACCAGAAAGCAUCAUGUACAGGAAGUUCACGAGUGUAAUCGAAUGCAUCACACAAGGACGUGUGCUGGAGAGGCCACGGGUUUGUCCCAAGGAAGUGUACGACAUUAUGCUGGGAUGCUGGCAGAGGGAACCACAGCAGAGGUUGAACAUCAAAGACAUCCAGAAAAUUCUUUAUGCCUUGGGCAAAGCCACACCUGUCUACCUGGAUAUCCUGGGCUAGUGUUUGUUGGGAAUAUGUGUGGAUGUUUGUCUACGUCUAUCCAUCGGAGGAACGAACAACCUGGGAUUUACCCAAAACAACACUGUCAUACACCUACAACAUGGGGAUGGACUUAAGUGCCUGCUACUCCUUUCGAUACACUGGAUAACAGUCUUUAAAAAGCACUUUUACAUUUUGUUUACCUGCAUAUAAAGAUGUACAGUUCUACUGCAAGAAGAGGAGUCUCCUUUCUUUAUUUCUUUCGUUUUUCUUUUCGUUUUGGAAAGAACAGCCUACUUUUAAACUCUAAAAAAGGAAUAAUGGAAAAUUCCCCCUAGAAUAUGUAAAAAAAGUCUUUUUUUUUUCGUUUCCUGACUGCUUGACAACUCUCCCAGUAGUUACUUGUUUU